CGGAAACACCGAAAGAAAGAGCGUGUCUUCCUCUACAAUCUCACUACUUCUCUCACUUCCUCUCUCUCUAGAAUCCAUGGGUGGUUCUGUGAAAGAUGUUCAAUCGAAGCAGGAGCUCGACGACCUUGUCCGUACUGGUGCCCCGAUUAUCCUCCAUUUCUGGGCGUCCUGGUGCGAAGCUUCGAAGCACAUGGACAAAGUCUUUUCCCACCUCUCCAUCGAUUUCCCUCUUCUCCAUUUCUUAAGGGUUGAGGCUGAAGAGCAACCUGAUAUUUCCGAGGCUUAUGCGAUUUCGGCUGUACCAUUCUUCGUCUUCUUCAAGGAUGGUAGAACUGUUGAUACACUAGAGGGUGCAGACCCUUCUAGUUUGGCCAAUAAAGUUGCUAAAGUUGCAGGGUUCAUACAUCCUGGAGAACCUGCUGCUCCAGCCAGCCUUGGGAUGGCUGCAGGACCUACUGUUCUUGAAGCUGUAAAAGAGAUUGCAAAAGAUAAUGGAUCUUCCCAUGUGGACAACCAAGGAAAAACUGGCACUAAUGAUGCUUUGAAUAAGCGAUUGCAGCAGUUGAUUGUCUCUAACAUAGUCAUGGUAUUUAUAAAAGGAACCCCUGAGGAGCCCAGGUGUGGAUUUAGCCGAAAAGUUGUUGACAUCUUGAAGGAAGAAAAUAUUAAAUUUGGAAGCUUUGAUAUUCUGUCUGACAAUGAAGUUCGUGAGGGGUUAAAGAAGUACUCCAACUGGCCAACCUUUCCGCAGCUCUAUUGCAAAAGGGAGCUUCUUGGUGGGUGUGACAUUGUAAUCGCAAUGCAUGAAAGUGGUGAACUAAAGGAAGUUUUUAGAGACCAUGGAAUUCAGUCAAUUGAAUCUGAAAAGGUUAAAGAAACUGAAGCUGAAACUGGAAAGGGUGGCAUCUCGGAAUCUACUGGCUUGAGUGCAACUCUUAGCUCUCGACUCGAAAGUGUGGUUAAUUCAAGCCCAGUUAUGCUGUUUAUGAAGGGAAAACCUGAUGAACCCAAAUGCGGUUUCAGUCAUAAGGCUGUUGAAAUCCUCAAGCAAGAAAAGGUGGAGUUUGGAUCUUUUGACAUUCUUUCUGAUGAGGAAGUUCGUCAAGGGCUCAAGGUUUAUUCAAACUGGUCUAGUUAUCCUCAAAUAUAUAUUAAGGGCGAGCUUAUUGGUGGAUCAGACAUCUUAUUGGAGAUGCAGAAAAGUGGGGAACUUAGGAAAGUGUUAGCGGAGAAAGGGAUCAUCCAGAAAGAGAGUCUUGAAGAUCGGUUAAAGAAAUUGGUUGCUUCUUCUCCAGUAAUGCUCUUCAUGAAGGGUAUACCAGAUGCUCCCAAAUGUGGAUUCAGCUCGAAAGUUGUUAAUGCCCUUAAGGAGGAGGGUGUGCCUUUUGGAUCCUUUGAUAUUUUAAGCGACGAGGAGGUGAGGCAGGGACUGAAAUUGUUUUCGAACUGGCCAACUUUUCCUCAGCUUUAUUACAAAGGCGAACUGGUAGGUGGUUGUGAUAUAGUUCUGGAGCUUAAAGACAACGGAGAGCUUAAAUCUACACUGACAGAGUAAACUCUUGGUGGUAUUUAUUGUCAUAAAAAUGUCUCGGGAUAUUUGACACUGUUUCUGAGAACUAGUUUGCUUACUUUUCUGAAAUAGUGGUCCAUAUUAUGAAUGUUUGUAAACUCCAAAUUUUGAUACAUCUCUGUUACCAGCUUGGUUGAUCUUUGUUUAGCUA